GAAGGGCUGYGCCUCAGAGGCUCUAAAGGAGAAUCUCCUUCUUCCAGUCCCCGCUCCUCUCUUGUUCCUCCACUCCGCCGCCACUGCCCGCCCCAGCCUGGCCACCAUGAGCCGACAGUGCUACACCUCCGGCUCCAUCCUKGGGAGACGAGGAUUUUCCUCCGCAUCCGCUGUCUGCGGCUUGGGCAGACCCAACAGCAGCACGGCCUCCGUGUGCCAGCCCGUGGGACGGAGGUGUGGGAUCGGCGGCUUCAGCAGCCGCAGCGUCUGCGACCUGGGCAGAGGGCAAAGGAUUUCCUUCGGUGGCAGCUGCCGUGGCAGUGUCUACAGCGGGGCUGGUGUAGGGCGUUGCGGAGUGGCGUUCGGCGGGGGCCGUUUUGGCACCGUCGUGGGUUUUGGCAACUGCGCUGGCUUCGGGGGCCUGGGCAGCUACAGAGGUUUGGGUGACGGAGUGGCCGUGGGCGGCUUCGGCAGCGGCGUGGGCAUGGGCAUCAACGGAGGGAGAUCCGAGGGUAUCCGCGGUGUCAGCAUCCACCCCGAGCUCCUCAAGCCCCUGUGCGUGGGYGUGGACCCCGAGGAGUGCCAGGUGCGGACCCACGAGAAGGAGCAGAUCAAGAAUCUCAACAACCAGUUCGCCUGUUUCAUCGACAAGGUGCGGCUGCUGGAGCAGCAGAACAAGGUGCUGACCACCAAGUGGGAGCUGCUGCAGCAGUAUGUGGUCCCAGCCACCCGCAGGAGCCUGGAGCCCGUGUUUGAGAAYUUCAUCUGCAACCUGAGGAAGCAGCUGGAGUGCGUGAUGGGGGAGCGCGAGCGGCUGGAGAACGAGGAGCGCUGCCUGCGCGACCUGGUGCAGGAGUUCAAGUGCAAGUACGAAGAUGAGAUCAACAAGCGCACCGCGGCAGAAAAUGAGUUUGUGGUGCUCAAAAAGGAUGUGGAUUGUCUCUACCUGACCAAGGAGGAGCUGGAGGUGAGGGURGGUCUCCUGMGGCAGCAGCUGGAGUUCCUGAAGUGCAUCUACGCCGAGGARAGGGCUCAGAUGGACUGUCAGCUGUGUGACACCUCGGUCAUCGUGCAAAUGGACAAYAGCCGGGACCUGGACAUGGAGGGCAUCAUCAAGAGCGUGGAGUGCUGCUACGAGGAGAUUGCCCAGAAGAGCAAGGCCGAGGUGGAGGCUUUCUACCAAACCAGGCUGGAGGAGCUCCACAGCAGCCGGGGCAAGUUCUGCGACGACCUGAGGAACAACCAGAGCGAGAUCGCGGAGCUCAACAGGAUGAUCCAGAAGCUGCAGUGUGAGUCGGACAACGUGAAGAAACAGAUUUCAGCCCUGCAGACGGCCAUCUGUGACGCUGAGCAACGCGGAGACUGCGCCCUCAAGGAUGCCCGGCAGAAGCUGAUUGACCUGCAGACAGCUCUGCAGCAGGCCAAGGACAAGAUGGCCUGUCUGCUCAAAGACUACCAGGAGCUGCUCAAYGUCAAGCUGGCCCUGGAYAUCGAGAUUGCCACUUACAGGACGCUGCUGGAGGGCGAAGAGAGCAGGAUAUGCACCGGCAACCCUGUGAGCGUMGCCGUGGUCAGCGGCGGGGGCACGGUCGGGGAGUGCCGGUCCCUGUCUGGAAAAUGCAGYGUCAAAACCGGAGCGGCCGGCGCGGGGCUGGGCAUGGUCUCAUCCUUCGGCAACGCCGGAUUCAGCACCCGCAGCGUGGAUUGCGUGCCCAAAGUCGGGGCAGGGUUCGGAGCCAGGAGCGUGGUCAGCUCCCUGGGCAGGGAAGUGCUGACCGGGGUGGACGGGGUCCAGUGCGCCCCCGCCAUGGGUAACCUGGGCAAUUUGGGCAAUUUGGGCAAUUUGGGCAAYCUGGGCAACCUGGGCAACGUGGUGUGCGCGGGGGUGGAGCAGUGCGGCGCCGGGCCGGUGCUCAUCCCCGGGGCGCCGGGGGUGUGCGGGAACAGGUUCAACACAGCCGUGCGUGUGGUCAGGACGAGCCGGUAAAAGACCCCCGCGCGGCGGAUUUUAUAAAAAAUCAUCAUUUCUGCAAUAAAAACAGUAUUCCCCCCUCCCUCCGACAGCCACAGGGAUCACACAACCAUGCGCUAGGASAUCGCUCUGCCUAAGCCCUUUG